AUGGAGCAUGUACACCUCGUCAAGAAAUUAUCUAAUCAAGAAGUGAUGGAUCUCCUCAUCACCGAGACUAAUAGAUAUGCCCGCCAGAGGAAUGAUCACCAGUUUACUCAGAAAACGGACCUUUUCAAAUUCCUGGGUAUACUUUUCUUGACCGGCUACCAUUCGUUACCGCGAGAGGAUCUGUGCUGGUCCAAAGAAGAAGACGUGAACGUGCCUCUCGUUGAAAAAGUGAUGAGCCGGUUCAAGUUUCGACAAAUAAAGUACCUGCACGCAGCCAACAACGAAACACUGAACAAAACGACAAGAUUUGGAAACUUGAUCUGCUUUUGCAAGCAGCCAACAAAAGCCUGCUGCAGUUCGGUGUAUUUGCAACGUAGCUCAGUGUGA